GGGGCCCAAUAGUUACCCACAACAAUCACUAUUUAUUAAUUUCAAGUUAACUCUCUUCUUUUGAUUCCCCAAUUUGUCGUGAAUCAUCAGUUUCCAAUUUCCAAGUUGAAAAAAAAAAAUUAAAAAAAAGAAAAAUCGAAUCGAAUUUAAAUUUUCUUUGUGAUGCCUUACCUGGUCCGAGAGAAUUUGUUCAUCGGAAACAUCGGCGCCGCGGCGGAGAUCCUCCAAAACGACGGCGUUCAACAGGUGACGCACAUCCUCUCCGUUCUGAGCUCCGCAUCCAUAUCCUUCUUCUCCGAAUGGCGCAGCGGCCUCACCAUCCCCGUCAAGGAGAUCCGGAAGGUCCACGUCGGCGACGGCGGCGUCGACGUCGGCGCCAAGAGCGCCCUGUCGCCGGAGAAGCUCCUCUACUCGCUCGAGUACGCCGGCCACGACUUGAAGCUUGUGAGGAUGGCUGUGCCUCUCAGGGACACCGAGAACGAGGAUUUGUUGGAUUUCUUAGACGUUUGCAUCGAUUUCAUUGAUCGCAGUAGGAAGGAAGGUUGCGUUUUGGUCCACUGUUUCGCCGGAGUUUCCAGAAGUGCGGCAGUUAUUACAGCGUAUUUGAUGAGAACUGAACAUCUAUCUCAAGAAGAUGCCCUUGAAUCAUUAAGGCAGAGCUGUGAAUUUGUUUGCCCCAAUGAUGGUUUUCUAGAGCAGUUAAAAAUGUUUGAGGAGAUGGGUUUCAAGGUUGAUCAGUCUAGCCCUGUGUACAAGCGCUUUCGUCUAAAAAUACUUGGGGAGAAUCAUUUCUCAGGGUUGGGGAUAGACAGUUCAAAACUCGGUGCAGAUCCUGGCAUGCCUGUCGAAAUUUCUUCAGAGGUGGAAGAAGAUAACAAAGUAGAAAAUAUUCGUAGUCCUACAUAUCGCUGUAAGAAAUGCCGACGGGUAGUCGCAUUGCAAGAGCAUGUCGUAGAUCAUAUUCCUGGCGAGGGUGAGACAUCCUUUGAGUGGCACAAGCGGAGAAGUGGCAACCCUUUUAAAAAGUCUGAUGAAUCUGAGUGUUCAUCCAUAUUUAUUGAGCCUUUACGAUGGAUGAAAGCUGUUGAAGAAGGCGCUUUGGAGGGAAAGCUGUCCUGUGCUCAUUGUGAUGCCCGUUUGGGAUACUUCAAUUGGGCAGGCAUACAAUGCAGCUGCGGAAGCUGGAUAACCCCUGCUUUUCAACUCCAAAAAGGCCGGGUAGAUAUAAGCUCUGUGUAACUCUUAUGGCGCCACCUUAUGCAUGUCCUAAUUCCUCAAUAGGGGAUGCCACCUAUAUUCUUUUCAUGGUUCUUGGACCUGUCUGCUCAAGUUUUUCAAGCUGGUCUGCUGCCAAUCAAGAUAUGGAAGGA